AUGACUCAACCCUUAACCUCAAUUCCCCAACCCUCAACUCAGCAACCAGGCAGACGGGUGGCAUGGCCCAGGUACGCACAUACGCACCCAGCCCGACUGCUGGGAACGCACGAGAAUGAGCAAGCAUUGAGUCGUCCUCCUUCCCCUCCGUGCGGUCGCCGCGCGGGUGUCACUGUCAAACUUCAGAGCAUACAGGCAAGCAAGCACCAAGCACGCAGAUGGAAUUUCUCAGAGGGAGCCGAAAGGUUGGUCCAGAACUCCAGCGUCCAAAUGCACGUCGGUCAUUCAUACCUAACUCAAGGUAGCUACGGAUACGGAGCGCUGCAUGCGAUAUCCCACGACAUCCGACCUCCAACGCCCCCUGGUUGGACCCUGUAUGAGUCUGCCACUGUGCAAAAAGCCCCAAAGAACCGUCCUGAACCAUCUUGGGGUUCUUCUGCUGCAUCCCCCAAUCAACCUGAAUGGAAUGCGGAACCUCUGGCCAGGGAAGCGAAAGCAGGAUUCAAUACCACAUUUCAGCCCACCAGGCCAGCUAGCUUGCCCAGUUCCCUCCGUCUUUGGUCGAUUGUCGCAGUCUAUUCCGUCGUACCCCUCUCAAGUACCCACCUGUGCCUUCAAGGUAGACGCUCUCGUCUCAAGUCGCCGUCAUUACUGACGCUGCAUGCGCUGGGUUCUGUCCGCCACAACUACUUCGGUUUUCGCUUCAACUCUGCAACCAAAGAUCGCCAUGACAUCUAUACACACUCAAACACUCUCUACGUGUAG